AAUUUUAUUGCUCAUAUACUAAUUCGAUUUGAUAGUCUUUGUUAUUUCCAGUUACGCAUUCUUAAGAAGGAACGAAGAAGAAGAAAUGGAAGAAGAACAAAUUUCCAAUGUCAAUCCAACUCCCUUAUUUCCACCACCACCACUGCAAAGAAUGCAGUCUGUAGAUGAUAUACAACUACUCUCAUCGUCACCUUCUCAACCUUUUGAGGAGUCUGCUAAUUCUUCUGAAGCACUUUACACUCCUGAAGUUAAAAAUGAGGUGAUACCGAAAAUUGCACAACAAUUUAAAAGCUUAAAGGAUGUUUUUAAAGCUUACAACAAUUAUGCAUUCAAAGCUGGUUUUAGUGUGCGAAUCAAUUCUAGCAAGACGGAUAAGAAUCGUGAAACCAUUAGGAAAGAGUAUGUUUGUUACAAAGAAGGGGAGAGUAAAUGUUCUGAGGCCAGUUGCACAGAAAGCGUUAACGCAACAACUAACAGCUGCAAAUGUGUCAACUAG